CCCUCAGCACUAUCACAUGAAUCUGGACUCAACACUGGAUGUGAAAAAAGUUUGGAGGUCUCGCUGAAAUCUGUUUUCUCCAAUCGGAUUCAUAUGUGUUUUUUCCAUUUCACUACAAGAGGCUUUUGCACUGAAAAUCAGCGACUACUAAAGUGUUUUUCUCUCUCGGCUGAAAUCUCUCCAGUUUAUUUUCCCCUCUGCAGGACUACAGAGUUAGAGAGAGGGAGAGAGGAGGGGGGACGGUCUGGCUGCUUGAAGAUUUGUUGCGACACUAAAACUUUGGCGACAUGGACGCGCACCGCGGCGGCGCGCCUCCGGCCGGGCAGCAGAUCGUGCACGUUCGCGGGGACUCGCAGACGGAGCUGGAGGCCCUGUUCAGCGCCGUGAUGAACCCCAGCAAGUCGGCCAGACAGCCGGCCUGCCUGCCCAUGAGGAUGAGGAAUCUGCCUGACUCCUUCUUCAGGCAGCCAGACUCCCGGGGACACUCCAGACAAGCCAGUUCUGAUGGAGGUGUGUGCAGCUCCCUCACUCCUCAUCACGUCCGCGCCCAUUCCUCUCCUGCCUCCCUCCCAGUGAACUCCCUCUCCACUCAAGCAGCUGAUGUAGCAGCAACACAAAUCGUACCUGACGACGUGCCACUCCCCCACGGUUGGGAAAUGGCGAAAACGCCCACUGGUCAACGUUAUUUUCUCAAUCACGUGGAGAAGACAACCACUUGGCAUGACCCCCGACUCUCACAGCUUCAGUCUGCUGCAGCUCAGCAUCCGAUCUCUGGCACUCCGAUCCACGCCCACUCCCUCAGCAACCCAGCACCCUCUACACAACCACAAAACAUCAAUCAAGAUGCAGGUCCACUGCCUGAAGGCUGGGAGCAGGCUGUGACUGCAGAUGGAGAGGUGUACUACAUCGAUCACAUAAAUAAGAACACCUCAUGGGUCGACCCGUGUCUAGUUCAGAAGAUGAACCCUGGCCUCCUCGGCUUGGCACUGCAGCAAAGGCAGGAAAAGGACAGACUCAGAUGCAAACAAGGCCUCCCUCCACAAAUCCCAUCACAGGAUGCAGGAGGAAGGAACCAGAUGCCAGGUGGGAUGGACCAUGACAGGAACACACAGACACUUGUCCCAUCUCUUGAUGUGAGGAUCAGGGGCUCAAACCAUGAACCCAUUCUUAAUGGCGCUCACUCUCGCAACGAGAGCACCGACAGCGGACUUAGCGUCAGCAGCUUACCCCGCACGUCUGACCACAUGUUGAGCUCUGUGGAUCACAUGGACACUGGUGACUCUGGCGAGCCCCCUUCAAUGACCUUACAGGAGUCGAUGCCUGUGCUCCCCAUGUCUGAGGGUGAGGAGCUGAUGCCCUGCAUCCCUGAGGGUCUGAGUUCAGACCUUCUGAUGGACAUGGAGACCGUUCUCUCCGGGUCACACAUGGACAGAGACAGCCUGCUCACCUGGCUAUAGACAGCACCCAGCAAUCGCCCCAAGUAUGAUUUUUACAACAUAUCUUCAUCACAAGACUGAGAAAUCUGGAGGAGUUUUGGCUUCCAAAGUGGUACCGAACAACACUACAGAGAGAAUACGAUGCUGUUGUGUGAUGGAGCGCUAACAACACUACUUGCACCAAGAGCAAAGAAAAGCCUGUCUCUCAUGGAGGGUGGUAAGCUGCUGGUAUUCUCCUCUCUUUUUGGCCUGGUUUUUACAGUGAUGCAUGAUGGAGCAUCCAUUUUUACGACACUCCUUUCCUGUUAGUCAUCCACCUCAGAUUGUGCUCGACAUGUUUCUUGUAAAAUACUUCACGGCUAAUUUUAAAUUACAGGUUUGUUUCAUUAUUCCCACUGGGGUUAUACUUAAACGAGUAGUUUUAAGUCAAGAAGUUAAGCAUGCAGUUACAGUUUUGACAGGCAGACACAAGCCUUUCUUGCAAACCCUGUGGGGCAAAAGGCCAACAUGCAGUGCUUUUACAAUUAAACAGCCUGUACGUUUUGGCUUGGAUGCAAAUUGACAAUUGCCCAAAACAUGUGCCUCAGGAUGACACUAAAUUAAUUCAAUAUUUUACCUGGAUUUACACUACAGUGUAUGACAUUAUAUCUCAGACCUCACACUACUGCUGUUACAGAUCACACCCAGUGGAAGAUGAAGAACACUAAAAAGGAGGCAUAUUUACUCCCGAACAUAAGAACACUUUAUUUUAAAAUGCUCAUAAGCCAAAAAACAGUAUUAAAACACACCUGCUAAGAACUAAGAUGGACUAAUGUGUGCUUUUUGAAAAAGUGGAGCUGAGGAAGAUAUCUGUGGUGAAAGUGACAACAUGUCCUUAAAGAUCAAAACCUUUCAGUUUAGAGGAAAGAAAGACUACAGGCAUGUGCCACUGUGUAGAGGAGUCUUAACUUUUGGCACUAAAACUACAGUGUAGAGUUAUUUUAGGAUCGGUGGAAUAUGCAGAGUGUUUGUGGUAAAUGACGACCUGUCCACAGUGAUGCAGUCCAACACAAUUCAGGAUUUUCCCUCAGGAAACUCAAACCCUCGCGUAUCUUGUCUGACACCAGCUACACUACAAAUAAAAGGGGAUGUGUGAAAUAGCAUCAGCUGAUUGUCUCUGUAGUUAGAGUUUUAUUUGAUGUGUAUUUUCAGAGUAUUGGCCCUCCUCUGCGUUGAAACAACAAGGUCAGGUUUUGUAAUUUAGUUCACGUUGAUGUGUUUGGUUGUAUUUUAUUGUGAAAACUUCCUGUUUUUUGAUCCACUCCAGCAUUAAUUAUAAGCUUCACAGGGGCAGUGUUUUAUGAAGAUUGGUUAUAUCGCAUUGCAUUAUGUAUUUCAACUUUUAUAUCAUUGUCCAACUGUCCAGGCAUGGUGUUUCUCUCCUUUGUGUGUGCAGCAGAAAUUUUGGCACUUUGUACCCCUCAGUGCUAACACAGCUCUGAACAGCUUCUCAUAUACAAAUCAAAAAGUAUUCAAUUAACCAGCCAGCAACUUUGAGAUUAAAUGGUCUAAUUCCUUUUCUUAGCUUUACCAUAAUUAGCUUAAAAACAUUCCUAAUGUUUCCUUUAUUCUUUUUCUUCUAUUACCUGAGACACAACAAAGUUUCUGAGUUCAGUAACAGUAAACGGUCUGCACAUUUGACUGUUUGAAUGCAGCUUUACAAAUUCUAAUUCUCACACAAACUUUUAUCACCUUCACAAGCAUCUGUUGUUCUCCGUUCAUUUUCAGAAAUCAACCAGCAGACUCUUGAAACAUGUAGAAAUCAUCAAUCAGUAACUUGCUUGACAAAUCAGAAUAGAUGCAGUGCAUACAAGACCACACUAUCCUAGACAAAAUAUUUUGUAAGAGUACUCCAAGGAUUGGUACAAUUUUACAACCAGUGAAAACAUAAUUCUUAAUUUAAAGCCAUUAAUGGAUAAAAGGUUAAAAUGCAUCUUUUUAAACAAGGUAACUAGUUCUGUGUUUGUGACCUCCUUCCAAAUUCACUAGAAGCCAAUAUGUCUAUGUCUAGACAUAAUUAUUUCAAAUUCUGCCUUCAGUUCAGUCCUACAAAUUGAUGUCUGUGUUGUAAGUACAUGGAUGGAUUUGAUGCUGUGGUCAGUCCACAUAUGAACUAAUUGAAAACCUUUAAAGCAGAGCAGCAAAACAUCAAUCAGAUAUGCAAAGUCUAUGUGAUUACUUUAGCUAUAAACAUGAUUGUAGUGCCAAGAGAAUUAGCUUACUACCACUCCAUAGAGUUUAAAAAUUCUCUGUCCUUGGCUCCAUUUUUCUACUCUCAAAGAGUCGGUUUCCUCAGUGGGAUAGAGGAAAAUAUGUGCUCUAAAAAUAGAUUUCAGAGGGUCCUUGGACCCAGCUGUGUCUCCUCAGAGAAGUAACAAACUAAUUGCGGAUGCUGUGUUAUUGGUAUAUUUUUGCUCUAUCUGCGAGCUUUACGUGGUGCUGUAACACAGAAGGCAAUCAUUAAUCAGGGGAGCCCUUCAUUUCUCCUCUAAUAGUUAAACUAUAUAUUGAGUAUAUAACCUGUUUUUUAUCUGCUGGGUUGUUUCUGCCGUGUGUGUUUAUAAAUGUCUGAAUUUGAAGCUGUUUAUCUCUGGUGAGAGCAUUUUUAACCUGCUUUCUUUUUAUAUAAACAGUAUACAUUAAUACAGACUUCAUUUGCAACACCCUGAACAAAUGGACAAGUUAACUUUUUUUAAGUGAAAGUAGUAUGGGCCUGGAGCGACUUAUCGUUCAUACAAAUAAUACAACACACUACCUAGCCUAUUAUUUAUCUUAGCAUGCAUGACUCCUGCUAUGUAUGUUACAUAUAUUACUGUCCAUUAUCCUAUUUACAGAGAGUUGGAGGCAAUCAGACUUGUUUUGUACCUUUUUAUGCAUGUGCUUUAUAUAAAUAUAUUUCUUCUUACUCUCACUGUAAUCAUUUUAAAGGAGUUUGUGUUUAAUAAACUUUCAAAUGCACCACAA